GUUCAGCGCGAGAGUUCCGGGUCCCCCGCCCCCACUCCCCCCGCGCCCUCCGGCCGCUGCCCCGUGAGCCCCCAACCCCCGCUCGGCCGCGCCCGUGCGUCUGAAGCCCGUGCACCUCCGCACCCGGCCCGUUCUACCCCGGGCACCUAGCGGUUUCCGCUGCUCGGGUGGCCGGGCUCGUCAGGACGCCCGCCGCCCCCGUGCUCCCCGGCCGCGACCCCGCUGCGUCGCCUACGGAGCACGAUCCCGGGCGCGUUCGGGUCUCGCCGGGGCCGCGCGCCCGCCUCCCGCGCCACGCGUUCUGAGCCGCCGCCUCAAACGCCACUUGUGGAGCUCUUUCCCCUGGCGGCUGUAACUUAAACCAGGAGUGAGACCUGUUUUUAUUAAGAAACCAGCUACCAGAGUGUGGCGAACGCUCAGAUUGAGGGCCAGCGCGCCACUUGAAAAUUUCUCAUAAAUUGUGGUGGAAGGGACGUCUUGUUCUACUAGCCUUUUCUUUGAGAUUUGAAAGUUCUGUAGCCACCUUCCAAAGGCGGGCUAGAUUGGUUGCUGGGGGCCUUUUUGGUGAGCGUGCUGCGUGCGCCUGCGGGGAACUGUCCCUGAACCCCAUUGCUCAGCCUCUGAGGCAGUGAUUUUGAGGCCGCCACUCGUGCGCCCAGCCCAGGCUGUGAUUUAGCCACCCUCCUGCAGGAAUCGCUCCCGAAGCUCCUACAACAGCCUGGCGGUGGUCGGGAGCAGGGAGAUGAAUGUAGCAGCCAAGUACCGCCAGGCCUCUCUCUAUGUCGGUGAUCUCCAUGCAGACGUCACCGAGGACCUGUUGUUCAAGAAGUUCAGCUCUGUGGGGCCUGUGCUGUCCAUUCGCAUCUGCAGGGACCUGAUCACCCGCCGCUCCCUGGGCUAUGCCUACGUGAACUUCCUGCAGCUGGCUGAUGCCCAGAAGGCCCUGGACACGAUGAACUUUGACGUUGUAAAAGGCAAAUCCAUCCGUCUCAUGUGGUCCCAACGUGAUGCCUACCUAAGGAAAUCUGGAAUUGGGAACGUGUUCAUCAAAAACCUGGACAAAUCCAUUGAUAACAAAACCCUUCAUGAACAUUUUUCAGCUUUUGGGAAGAUCUUGUCCUCCAAAGUGAUGAGUGAUGAUGAUCAAGGCUCCAGGGGUUAUGCAUUCGUGCACUUUCAGAACCAGGUUGCUGCAGACAGGGCCAUCGAGGAGAUGAAUGGGACGUUGCUGAAAGACUGCAGGCUGUUUGUUGGCAGAUUCAAAAACCGCCGAGAUCGGGAAGCUGAACUCCGAAACAGAGCCAAUGAAUUCACUAAUGUUUACGUUAAAAACUUUGGGGAUGACAUGGAUGAUGAGAGUCUAAAGGAAGUCUUCAGCCAAUAUGGCAAAACCCUGAGUGUUAAGGUGAUGACAGAUACCAGUGGGAAAUCCAAAGGCUUUGGCUUUGUGAGUUUUGACAGCCAUGAGGCUGCCAAAAAGGCUGUUGAAAAAAUGAAUGGAAAGGACAUAAACGGACAGCUGCUUUUUGUAGGCCGGGCACAAAAGAAAGCAGAGAGACAGGCUGAGUUAAAGCAAAUGUUUGGGCAGCUGAAACAAGAAAGAUUUCGGAAGUGCCACGGGGUGAAGCUCUAUAUUAAGAACCUCGAUGACACCAUUGACGAUACAAAAUUACGGAAGGCAUUUUCGUCAUUUGGAUCAAUUAGCAGAGUUAAGGUAAUGCAGGAAGAAGGACGGAGCAAAGGGUUUGGCUUGAUCUGCUUCUCCUUUCCUGAGGAGGCCGCUAAAGCAAUGGCUGAGAUGAAUGGCCGCAUCUUGGGCUCCAAGCCACUCAACAUUGCUCUGGCCCGGAGGUCCUAGGAGAGAGAAAGUUACUGCACCAGCCAGGGUUUGCAGCAGGAGGGGUAGAGUUCGUGAUCACUGUCUGAGUUGUCCGUAGUAAACUUCAGGUCUCGGCUGAUGGCCAUUUAAUAUACUUUGUGAUAAGGUUUUGUAUACAAAGCUAUUUUUUUUUUCCUUUGGUGAAAAAAUAAAUGAAUCUUAGGAGCUUAGUUCGUUA